AUGCAGCCAACACGACACCUACUGAAGCGAUCCGUGUGGAAGGGACCUCACAUCGUCCCUCUCCCGAUUGUGCGCCCCGUCCCUGGACAGAAGAUUGUGCCCAUCCGGACGCAGGCCCGUUCCGCCACGAUCCUGCCCAACUUUGUCGGCCUCAAGUUCCAGGUCUACAACGGCAAGGCGUACAUUGACGUGACGAUUACGGAGGAAAUGGUCGGUCACAAGCUGGGAGAGUUCUCGCCGACGAGAAAGCCAUUCAUCUGGAGCAGGUUGUAA